CUGGGGGAGGAGCUCAGGCAGUCCCAAGAGAGGUCUGGGUGCGGGAGCCAGGAGGAGGUGGCAGGGACGGUGGCAGCCCCCGGGGAACCCUGAGGAAGACCAACCGGAGCCAUGCAGCCCCAGAGGCGGACGCAGCUCAGCCAGCUUGGGAACAUGGAGGCCAAGGCCGCCCGCGGGGCUUCAGCAACUGCUUACCCGGUGGACGCUGUGGAAGAUGCUCUGGAGGCCCAGCAGGAGGCAGCACGGGCUCUGGCUUACUACACUUCCCUGGGGGACAGGACUGGGCCCUCCGCAGAGACCUUCUGUCUCCCCACGGGGGAGCAGGUUAAACUUGAAACUUCGUCUGUUUGCAUGUGUACUGUUCACCGAGAUGAACCUCAACACAAAAUACUAGUUUUGGUUAAUCCCCGGGACACAAAGACAGUUGUGGCCGUUUACCUAAAGAAGUCCUGGUGGUCUACGGAAGAUGUACUAAGGACUGCUGACCCCACGAGAGAAGGCCUGAUGAAGGUUCAGUCCUUUGGGGAAAGGAUUGUACUUUUCAUUCUGAAUGUCAUUAUUUUUGGAAGAUUGGAGAGAAACUUGGACGAUGAUGACAUGUUUUUCUUACCUCACUCUGUGAAGGAGCAAGCUAAAAUUCUGUGGAAAAAUGGAGCAGCUGUCGGAUUUUACACAACCAAAUUGAAAGGAAGUCUGUGUGGCGAUGGCACUAGUGCGUGCUAUCUGUUGCCUGUCUUCGACACUGUGUUUGUCAGGAGGAUUCACCGUCGCCAAGGCCUAGGAACAGCCAUGCUGAGGGACUUCUGUGAGACCUUUCAAGGAGAGGAGGCCCUGGGGUUCAGUCGUCCGAUUUCCCCUGCCAUGUUCCAAGUCUGCAGGCAAUUCCUGUUGGCCUGUCCAGAGGAGCGGGGACGCCUGUGGGAAGUGGAGCCCCCGGGGGCCUGGGAUCAGCGCGUCAACAUCUGGCUCCAGGUUCAGCUGCAGCAGGCAGGAAUUCCGGAUGGUGAGUGGGCCCGAAAGCAGUGCCCUUUGGUCUCCUUAUUCAAAUGUCAGUAUUGUGCAAUGAAUUGGACCCAGGAUGCUUGGCCUCUUAAGAUAGGCUGAGAACAAAGGAGGAGAUGAGACCUGGCUGGUAGCAUUUUUCUUUCCUUACCUUUAUGAAUGAAGCUCACCUGUCUUGUUCAGAAAAGAUCUCCACUUAUUUAGCAAUGAGAACCUCUCCAAGACGAAAGGGUUCCCCUUUACGAUUAGAAUAGAUUCUUCAAAUGUUUAAGCUCAGUUUCCUGUGUUUGGCUGGAGACCAGUUAGUUGUAAGCUGUGUUUUGCACAGGUAAUGUAUGUCCUUGAUUGAAAAUUCAAGACACCCAAGGUUUGCUGUGAUAAGCGAGGGUCUCAUGAUGUGUCCUUCAGAGGAAAACACCCCCCUGUAAGAAGCAGCACCACACAACGUUCUUUUGUGCAUUUUCUCCUUCUAAGUGGCAGUUUAGUAGGGUACCUAAGCUGUGUUGUCAUGUAUUUCUCCGCUGAUGGCUAGGCACACCACCUUCCAUUCUGGAUUCUUUCAGAAAGAUCCUGGUGACCUUGUCAGUAAGAUUUUGAAUGAGGGGGUUUAUAAGCGAGAAGGACAUUAGUGGGUCCCAAAGGGAGCAGGACUUGAGAUUUUCUUUAAAUAGCCAGAGAGGAAAACCAACCUACUUGUCUAUUUCCAAGUUGCUUUUGGACAGUGCUAUUUCCCGCCUUCCAAGUGGGGAAGAGCCACACAGCAGGCCACCCUGGGUUCCUGGGCUCCAGGGACAGGGUAGGAGCUGUGAUGCUUUUAGGCCGCCCUUGUGGAUAUUCUGAGAGUUUAACCUGACUGCCCCAAAUUAAAGCUAUGAUACUUUUUCUUUCCUGGAAUGCGAGUUCCUGUCAGUGUGGAUCUUGGACAUUUCUGUGGCUGUAGGUGGCUCAUUAGAGGCGUGAUGGACCAAGGUGGGUGACUGAUUUACUUUAGGUGGUGACAGGCAAGAGUGUCUUGGAGUUUAUUGAUGAUAAUAGUGAUAGGUUUUGCUUUUGUGGAACUUUUCAGCUAGAAGGCUUGCUGGAUCUUUACAGAUAUUAAUGGGGUGACCAGGCACUGGGGAAGGAGGCCAGGUAGGGCUGUGACUGUGAUCCUAAUGAGGCGGUUAAGUGACUUGCCCUGUGGCACUGAAUUAGAAACAAAAGCAAGCCAGUCUGCCUCACUGGGCACGGAGCUGGCCAAUGGCGCGAGUGUACUGCUGAACUUCACAAAUGAGACGGUAGCCUUUGUUGUGGACACCGCAGUUUGGACACUGAAGUUUGGACACCGAAGUUUCUUGGCUGGGAAAAGAAAAAGCAAACUGACUGCAUAUUGAAAUAUGGAAACCACAGUGGCCGGAGGGGGAAUCAGGGAAGUGGAUGCUUUUGCCUAAUUGGGGAGAUGGCUUCCUCCCGGAGAAAUCCACUGGGGGUUCGCUCAAGGGCUGGGCACGAGUAUGAUCUGGUCAGAGGAAGCUGAGCCAGGAACUGGAUGCCAGAGCUGUCACUCUGAGAUUCACUAAUUCUCACUUUCAAGCAAAUGAGAGGACUUCCACAGAGAAAGUUCCACAGGCAAGCCUGAGUCCCUUGAAGGGACAUCAUAAUAAUUAGGCUAUAAUUAGAGUGAUAAAACCUUAGAACUAAAAAAAAAUACUCUCAGUCAGGGUCUUUUUCACUCGUGUUUGCACCAUACACCGGGCCAGUUCCCAGCUUCACCCACACCUUCUGCCUCCCCCGGGGCCUGCAGUCAGGGUUUGAAUUCACUCAGGAGGGUUUGCAGCCAGCCAGCCUCCCCUUGUCAGUCAGGGCUGACAUUCAGGCUUUUCCAGGUUGGUGAGUGGGGGCCGCAGACGCAGUCACAGAUGCUCUCUGCAUUUUCUCAGUUCCUGAUCUGUCUUUCCUUUCAUGCAAAUCAGCGAGUGUUAGCAGGGGAGAAGUUCCCACAGGCCUCCCCAUAACACACAUUCUGGAUUCUUCGAUUCCCUGGACAUCUCGAGCUACUUAAUGUUGGCCUUUAAUUGCUAUUGCUUAGAGCUCCUUUCUGGACUUGUUUUUUUCAGCUCUAUCUCUUGUCCUUUUAUUUCUGGCUUAUUUUGGAGGCUCCGUACAUUUGCAUGUACUGUAGAAACAGAGCGUUAAGCAAAAAGCCUAGUGGAACCGAUUGCUUCUGACUCUAAAUAAGGCAUGAACAUUUUACAGUGUUUCAAGGGGAAAUUUACUUGGUUUCCAUGCAAAUGUUUAAAAAACCUAUUUUUGAAGCAGCCUCCUGUGUGGAAUAGGUCUUUUUAAGCCUGCACAGUUCUGACUGUUGAUAACAUCUGUGGCUUAUAAUGGCUCUGAAAAUAUUUACAGAUUUCUCAGGACUUUUGAGAGAAAGAGUUUGUGGGAAAUUUCUUUUUUCUUACACUCAGUUACAUAUGAAGCCUUUGAAAGUGACCAGUGGGGUCAUAAUCCCAUCGGAUGUGAUUUCCCUUUCAGCCUGAACAUACCUUACAUUUCUUUACUAGUGGGAGUGAAAUCAAACAUUGUCAAUGGUGAAAUGUUCUUUUGCAAACAAGUUGCUGGAGUUAUCGGUACCGGGGAUCGAACUCACGACUGCCUGCUUGCGAGGCAGGCGCUUAUGCCACUCAGCUAAAUCCCCAGCCCCUUGUGCAGUGUUUUAAAAUUUAGAAUCAGUUUGCUUUUCUGUUUCUCCAGGUGAAUUUAGUUGUCCUCCAUGGGGAAAUAUUUUUCUUCCAUUUAUGCUUAAUUUUUUAAACUGGAGGGCUCGUGUGAGAAAGAGAUGUGAGCAAUAUGAGAUGAGGAAGUGGGAUCACUUUUCAAAAAGUUAGAUGCCUAGCAAACUGAGGUUCUAAACCUUUUUUCAGCUUGUUCCGGUCAGUAGUCAUGCAUUACAUAGUGCAGCAGUAAUAGUUUCACGGUGGUGCGCGGUGCUGGGAAGAGCUCAGAGCAAAAUUGCAGGUUUUUGCCUAACACCUCUUUGACAAGUUGUGUAGCUCCCUCUAGUGUCCAUUGUCUGUACCACAACCCUUGACUGGAUUCUGCAGUACUUAUGCUUGGGAAUUAAUACAAUCAUUUAAGAGUUUAAUUGAAACUUAGGAAAAAUACAAGGACACCUUUGAUACCUGUUAACAUUCUCUAGCUCAUAACAUGUAAAAAUAUCAUAAAAGGUGGAAAAUUGAUAACGGAUUAUCUACUUCAAGCCCCACUGAUUGAUUCCCAUAUUCUUUCAUUAAUCUCACUUGAUAACUGUUAAUAGAGUAUUGAAAUAUACCAGGCACUUUCCUAGGUGUUAGGGGUAUUGUAGUGAAUAAGAUGGACCAAUAAUUUAUAAGCUAAUAAGUAUGGUGUCAAGUACUACUUUAUUACAUAGAAACUCUGCAUAGCAGAGAGAACUAAAAUGUUUUGGUAUUUUUAAAAUGCUUAGAAUUAGAUUUUACUAAACCAAAUAUGUUCGACUUAGCUCUGUAGAUAAACUUAAAAUUUCUCCCGUAUGGGUGACAGUGAAAUACUACAUUUAUUCUUUAAUUUAAAAAUGUGUUAGAUAUGUGUUUUCAGCUCAGAUGCAAAACUAUUUAUCCCCCUAGGAAUCUGAAUCGCACUCCCCCCCCCACCCCAGGUCCACAGGUUUUGGUGAGUGGGUUAGGGGAGUGCACAGUAAGACAAGAAGCAUCUUUUCUGGUUCUCAAAUUCACACAGUGUAUUAGUCAGCUGGGAGAGGUUUAAUGUAGCGCAUGGUUUCAGGGAAUUCAGUCCAUGAUCAGCAGGUUCUAAAGCAGGAAAAUCAUCUGCUUACUUCUUGGUGGCCAGGAAGCAGUGCUAGAGAGGAAGGCUUGAUGGACCAGGUAGAGGAUCCCAGGUCAUGCCUCCAGGACCCAACCAAACACUCCCAUUGUGUGGUCUACCAGUACCCUGGCUGGCUUGCAAGCCCAUCAAGGCGACACAAAGUUCACUGUCACGUAUGGGGACAUGGACUCUCUUGUGAUAGUCCAUAGCAAUGAGCAGAGCAGGGCCUGAGAAGAGAACUGGGAAUCCAAUUCCGUUCAAUGGUGGGAUUGGUGGAAAAACAGAUCAAAUUCUAUCUUGCAGAUGCCUGAGUGGGACUGCCAUUUGUGUCUCUGGCAUCUCUUCCUGUCUGCUGGAGAACAAUACAGUGAGGGUUCAAGUGAAGGUCAAGAAGAUGGAAUGGAGUUGGGGUCACUUUUCAAUUUCCAGUCAGCUCAGAAGGGUCCCCAAUGUGUUACUGAUCCUUCAAGUGUCCCAGCCCUUGGGACUACCCUUUUACACGCCCCCUCCUCUUGCUUCCGAAGGACAGCACAUGUGGGAAAUUCCAGACCCACACAGCUCACGGGUGGAGAAGGCCCUGAGGCAGGGUGAAGAUGACCUUCCCGUGUCCUUAGUUGUCACCUCCUUGUUCCUGAAGCCAGGAUGUGACCCUGCAAGGCAGCUCCCCAGCCAGCACUCCUGUGGGCUUCUCCCAGGCAGCGGGCAGGAUUUAUACUUAGAAUCCCCAUGCCAUGGGGCAAGCGGGUGAGACAAGGAGCAGCUUUGUCAUUAGACUGUCCGCGGUUCCCUCUUUAAGCCAGAAAAACUAAUGAAGCCAACAAGACAUAGAGCACACAUGGUAAUUGCCUGUAGUCUUGCAUCAUUAGGGAAAUACUGAAAACUUUGAAUUUCAAAUCCUUCUAUGGACUGGCAUCUUUCAGGCAGAACACAAACAAGAAAAAAUCCCUCCCUGCCUCUCUAGCCCAGAUUGCUAGGAAGUGGAAUUUGCCCUUAAGAUUUAGCAGAGUGAUUGCAGAGUGACGUUCUGGGGGGAAAGAUAAGUUACUGGAUAUUUUUUAGUGGCUUGUGUGUUUAGCAUUUUAUAAGACUUUAGGUUUCCUAAAGCCAAGCCAGACUUUGCCUGCACAGCCCGACUGUGGUAACCUCUAUUCUCUGUACAGAGAAGUCUUUGCUCUCAAGUCCCUAAAGAAUAAAUAAUUACUUUAAACUCUAAAACAUUCCAAUUAUACAUUGUGGAAUGUCACACCUUCACUCCCCCUCAUGAGCUGCUUAGGUCUGUAAUUUCCCAAGGUGUGCCACCUUCCCUAAGCAAGAGUGAGAUUCGUAAAUGAGGGUGGCCCAGAGGAAUACUGUUCAUUUGGUAAAUAGAUAGUUCUAGGAUAGAGAUUUAAUAUUGAAAUCAUGAAAUAUACAAAUAAGGAAUGCAUCGUUUUAGAAGACUGUGUCACAUUUGACAUUAGUUCUGCCCAUCUGACAGGAGGGAUCAGUUAGUUUCAUUCUCUUUGGUUUGCAACAUAGAGACGGGCUACCCUCACUGGGUCACUGAACAGAUCUGUCACCUUUAAACCCUGAAGGUUCUUUGAAGAAGCGACAAGUAACCAGGUGAUUGCACUGCCCGUCGGUGUGUGUCUGGGGAGGUCUGCACACUCAAGCAUAGAGUCUCACUAUCCCUAACUGUCCACAGGGACCUGACUCCAGGGACCCCGUGGGUCACAAUCCUUGGAUGUUUAAAUCCUUUAUAUCAGAUGGCAUCGUAUCUGCCUAUCACCCGAGGACAUCAUUCUGCGUAUUUUAAUCACGUCCAGGGCACAUAUAAGGUCUAAUACACUGCAAAUGCUAUGCACAGAAGUUGUUAUUGUCCUGUUUAGGGAAUGACCACAAGGAGUAGAGCCUGCACUUGUUCAGUAGAGACGCAGCGUGUGGGCGGAAUAUUUUCAUUUCAUGGUCAGUAGAAUCCAGGAGAGGGAGGACAGUCCAGAUGGUUCCCUUCACCUGCCUUUCUCAGCUCUCCCUGCAUUGGGCUGUCCUGUGACUCUGUUAUGCACUCAGGUACAAGACACAGUUUCCCUGCAGCCGGCAGGGGUGGUUAACUGGCCAUGUCACCUUUGGUCUCAGUACAAAGUGUGAAGACCAGCCUGGAUCGUCCAUGGUGACCUCAUUAUUAUAUUUAAUUGGAACUCCUUGGAUUCUUCCCUGAUUUCAGGAGCAGAGCGUUGGAGGAGAAGUAAGAAAUGGAAAGAGUGAUCAAGAUCAUGGAGAGAAGGAAGAGGGACCUGGGCUGCCUGUGAGACCCCGCUGACCUGAGCCAUCUGGAAGGAAGGGAGCCAGGAGGAGGACGGUGGGCACUGUGCUGAUGGACCAAUCAUAGGGGCCUGUGCUCCUAGCUCUCAGCUCCUGACUCCCCGAGGCCUCUGUGGCACUGAGCUUGGGAUAUUUGAGGAGACGAAGGCCUCAGACCCUGCUGAUUUCCGACUUUCCUGGGUAUGAGCCCCAGGACUAGGCCAGCUGAGAAAGUCAAGCAGGGAGCUCCCCACAGGGACAGUGAGGUUUCCUCCGAGUUCCCCAGUUCUCAAAGGUUCCAGAAGCUUAUUCCUCAAGCCUAAUAUGAUUUCUCCUCCUCAGGAUAAAUCUGCAAAGCUGCAGUGGGACCAUGUGGCAGUUUCCCUGAAUAAUUUCCUUCCUUAGUACACGUGACCUCACAGAGGGGCCUCCCCAUCCUGAUUCAUGCUGUAGAAAUCCUGUUCAUCUGCAGCCCUGACGUGACCAUGAGACCAUGAACACCAGAAAUUCCAGGGAGACAAGUUCUUCUUCUGGGGGUACUCUGCCCACUUCAGAGCUCCCCGAGGGUAGGGCUGGGGCUGGAAUGGUGUCCACCAUAAGCCUUGGGCUCCGAUGGAGCCCGUGAACAGGACUCAGGGUAAGUUCCAAGUGGAUUUCUGCUCUCACCUGAUCUUCAUGGGAACCAGAGGUUGGGAAUUUGGACUAAGGGUCCUUCUGCACUACGGAAAGGCUUGUGGCAGUAAGAGUAACUAAAGGUCACAGCCUGACCCAGUGUGACCUUGACUUCUCCCUUCUCACAUGUCUCAGUGUUUGUGCAGAGGACCUCUGCCUGGCCAUGUCUCGGGUGCAUAGUCCAGCCAGAAUAUCUCCCCAUGCCUGAUGCACACAGUUGCCCACAAGCCAGGCUUAUCAUGGGGUUUGGAGCUGCUCCCUGGGGACUGGGUACAGCUUUCUUGGUGUUAGGUCCAGAGCAGAUGUGCACUGGGAUUUUCCCCUGGAGAAAGAAAGCUUCUCAGCCCUCCUAAGGCUGACACCCCAAAUUUCAGCCUCUACUUCUUGAUGAAUGCAGAUCUGAUCAUAUCACUGAGGAUAUGCUAAAGCCCUCUGUGGCUUAUAUGGUAGCCUUCGAAAACCCAGGGGUGUCUCCGUGGGUUCUGCUGGUGCUGCUCCUUGCCCUCUGUGUCCUGGUUGCUUGGGCUUGAGCAUCUCAGGGCCUGUAUAUAUCACCACUUACUGUGUCACUGUGCUACUUACUGCCUCAGGCAUAUAUUCACUCUCCCCUGCCCCCGGGGAAGCUAGUUCCUAUGUGUGAAUCUGGUCCCAGCUCAGAUAUCCCUCCUGAACUCCUGUUCCUUCAUGGAAGAACCACAAUCGCCCACCAUUGUAGGUUCAUGAGCCCCCAUUGGGGUCAGCCUCGGGUCUGCCUGAUUUUCAUGUGUCCCCAAUGUUAGUGUGUCACAGAGUAGCAUAGCUACCGGGUACAGCUCAGUACAGCUGGGCUGAAUCUCUUUAAGGAUGCAUUGAUGCUCUCCUGAAACUCCAAGCUUUGAAGUGGCAAGGAGACCAGAAGCAGUGUCAAGUUCUAGGAUGGACCUGCAGUUCCCUGAAUGGUCAAGAAGACUCACGGUGGGAGCUCUGUUACUUACAAAUUUAUCCAAGCAUCCAGCUGCCUGUUCAUCUACUCACACAUCUGUCUAUCCAUCUGGCUCCCUUCCGUCCUCUACUUAUUUCUACUAUUUAUCACCUAACUGUUCUUACUCUCAUUCAUUUAUGUUUCCAUUCAUCUUUCCACCCAUCAUCCAUUGUCCAUCUAUCCAUCCAUCCAUCCUCCAUCUGUUGUCCUCCUUCCCUUCUUUCCAUUUAUCUUCCCACAUGUCUGGUUUCCAUCCACUUGUCUACUCCCUUCUCUCUCUCCCUCUCUUCUGUCCUUCUUCCCUCCUCCUUCUGUCUUACCAUCCAUCCAUCCAUCCAUCCAUCCUGUCAUACAUGAUUCUGCAUGCUUUCUCAGGGAUCCGCUCUGAUCCUGGCACUGGUGAGAAGUGGGCCAUGAUUUAGGGUCUAGAGAAACUCUUCUUCCGGGAAGGAAUUCUCUGGAGUGUCCAUGGGGGUUUUACUCUCUUGGUCUGCUACAAAGAGGGAAGUGCCCAACUGAAUAGAAGUAGGGUUUAGAAUUCCAUACAGGGGCAUCCUGCAACCUGCUCUGCUUCUCUGUGAAGAAAGGUCAGAGCAUAGCAGUGGACUUAAGGCUACAGCCACAAGUGCUGUGCGUGAUGCCAGACGCCCCCUUCCAGACAUGACGCUUAUGCUGUGAACAUUGUGCUGUUUGCAGUGAAUGGUGGGUGUCUGUGUGAAAGUGAUCUGAUAGAAAUGUCUCAGGAAUCUGAUUGAGUUUUUUUCAAUAAAGGAAUUAUCUCAGGGACGAAAAUCUGAUGUGUUGAUGGCUUCAUUUAAGGACAUAUAAACCAGCCAAGAAGGGAGUUCUGGGAACUCAAAGCAGUCCCCUUCCCAGCUAAGGUACAUCCCUGUCAACACUGACCCUGAGUGCACGGUCCCUCCUGUGCAGCAGGGACAGGGACUGUCCACCGUCCUUGUAUUUGUGUGUGGUGUAUUAUUGGUUUAUGAAACCACUUUUGUUUAUUGUUCAGUUUAUCUAUAUCCUUGACUAUUACUUUUAACAGUUUUGUUAAGAUGUGAUUUACAAGCUAUAAAGUCAAUUCAUUCAAAUUCAGUGAUUUUAAUGUUUACAGAAAUACUUAUUUAGGUCCUUUAUCUAUUCCAUAGAUGAAUUAUCUUUUAUUAUUGAGUUGUAACAUAUAUAUUCUAAGUUCUCUUUGAAGAUAUGCAAUUUGCAAAUAUUUCUGCUGGUUCUGUGGGCUGUCUUUCCACUCUUUGGUGUUACUUGCAGUGCAAACAUUUAAAAAAUGUUGACAAAUUCAGCCUGCUUUCUCUUUGGCUGCUUGAGCUUGGAGCAUUGCAGUGGUAAUGUUUAUAUUUUUCUAAGUGUAUGCUGUUUCCUAUCUAAGGUGUUAUUGAGGAGAAGAUUAUCUGACUCCAAAAUUAAUGUAAAAAGUUCCAUGGAGAAGUCACUGCUCAGGAAAAGACUCCCCUUGGUUCUGUGUCCUCUGCAGGCAGUGUCCAGAGGGGCGUGCCCUGUGGGAGGCACACUGUCCUCAGGCUGUUUCACCCCGCACUCAUUAAGGGGCUGAGAGGGGCAGACAUCUGUGGAGAAUCUGUGGUUGGCGGAAGUUGGUACUCAGAAUCUGAGGCCUGGCAAGGGUCAUGGGCAUCCACUGUCAUGCUCUGGUCUCAGAGAUUUCCUUUCAGGAGUGGGUGUAUUAAUCAGCCCUUCUAUUGCUGGGACAUAAAACUGGACACUCACAAACUGAAGAGAAUUUUAGUUUGACUCAUGGCUCAGGGGAUUCAGUUCAUGGUAAGUUUGCUCUAAAGCAAAAAUGUGGCAGAAGUUUACAAAAGAGCAAAACAGUCCAUUUCCUGGCAUCUGGAAAGCAGAACAUGGGGACAGUGCUAGGGACCAUAGAGACUGCACAAGGCCACACUCCACAGCCCACCCAGACACACCCAGGAGUGUGCUCACUGUGCCAGGUGUUUCUUAGCCCAUUGGAAUUGACAUGCCAGGAAAUGCAGGCCACCAUCCACCACUUUUCAAUUUCACACUCCAAUGCGUCUGCUUAAAUCAUACUCAAUCUCAAAAUAAAGCAAAUAGCAAGUUCAUAGUUCUGCCUGGCAUAGUAAAAGUAUUCCAGAUAUAUUUUCAGAAAGCCACAGUCCCUCUCCAAAGUCACAGCAUUCAAGUCUCAUCUGAGACUCAAGGCAAACUUUUGGCUUUGAAUCUCUGUAAAAGUCAAGAAGAUUCUAUAAUCUCAAAGUACAAUGAUACAACAUAAACACACACAUUCAAAGGGAAAGAUGAAGGAAAUAGAAAAGAAUCAGAUCAAAGCAAGACCAAACCCAGCAGUGCAAAGACUAUGUCCUGUGACUGCGUAUCCGAUAUCUGGGGGCACAUGGUGGAAAGUUGCACAUUCCAAAGAGCUUGGGAAGCCCUGCUCCUGUGGCCUUGCUGGCUUUCUGACUGAAGGCUCCCCACCAUGGCUUCCCUCUUGGGCUGGCUACACACAUGGCCUGCAGCUUUCCCUGGCUGAUGUACCCCCUUUCUUGCAUCUCCAUCUUCCUGGGGUCUCCACGGCACCUUUAAAUCCAUUCCCACAGUUUUGGGCACUGCUUUCUCAGGGGCUCAUUGCCUGGCCUCUCACCUCGUCUUCUGAAAUCUGGUAGAAGCUUCCUUGACUCCCACCAUUCUUGCAUUCUGCAUGCUGGUAAAACCAUAAUCACAUGAAUGACACCAAGGCUGCUGCCAGCACAGGCAGGAGUCAGGACGCAUGGGACCAUGGUUUUAGUGACCUCUAUGUGCCUGGAUAACUGAUCCUGGUGGAAUGGGUCCUGAAGAUCCAAUUACUAGGAAGCCCUUCUUAAGCAGGGAUCCCUGGGAAUCUCUUACUAAAAAAAAAUAAAGGUUGAUACCUUCGCUAUCUUGUGUCUGCAGUGGCGAGGUUUUACUGAUUCCUAAGAUGACCUCAGGCCUCUUUCUUUUUGUCCCUAUACAAAGUACUUGGUUUCUUUCUAAUGACACUAAUCCCUUUUUAUUUGAUCCCAACUUUACACAUGGUUUCUUCUGGGCCAUACUUAAAGUUUUAAAACAUUGUUUGAUCUGCCUUUAUAUCUAGGUAAAAAGGGAAAGUUAUGUAUCUAGGUUAAAAGAACCUAAGUAAAAAGCACCAGGAUUACCCAUGCUACAGUCUGAAUGUUGGGCUGUUUUGAAAUUUCCUUGGCCAGAUUAAUUAAUUUACUUUCCUUAAUCUCAGUCCUCCACAGUCCCAGGACAAGAGCAAAAAUGUAGGCAAAAUUUCUUAGCAGACAUGGCCUGUAGUACAAAUGCUAGUGGAUUUUUGGUUUCCACCUGAAACCUCUUGAGCCCAGCUUUUAUUGGCUACAUUACUACCAGCCGUUUGGUCUUCUGAGCUCUAAAAGAAUUCACUCACCAGCCUUCCGUGACCUCUCUAGUUGCUGUCUCUGAACCUCCCCAAAUUCCUCCAGCAAGCCAGUUUCAAAGGCUCCGUGAGCACAUGGUCAGGCAGUCAUAGCAACAGCACCGCCUGGUUGAUAACAGCAGUGUUGUGUAUUAUUCAUCCUUCCUGUUGCCAAGACCCAACACCCAAUGUCUACGAUUUAAAGGAAGAGGGUUUUAGUUUUGUCAAAGAUCAGGGGAGGCAGCCUGUGGUUCUGUUGCAGGGCAGAAGUAUCCUGAUGGAAAGGAAUCACAGAGCAAAACUUCUCAGGUCACAGCGACUGGGAAGCAGAGCGAGGAAAUCCUACUCUUCACACCAAGUCCUUCAGCAAGCCUCCUGGCCUGAUGCAAAGCUUGAAACCCAACUGAUAGGAAUGUUAUUCCUUAGGGGCGGGAGGGUAAUAUAGACUUGUGUCCUAGCAAUGGAAAGAGCCCAGGUUCUGGCCACUGCAGAGCCUGAAAUACCUUUAUUUUCCACAUACUUGAGGGUUCUUAGGGAAAAUGAAGAGAGGAGGUAGUUCGGUUUGGAUACAGUGUGAGUAUGGCCUCCAAGGUUCAUGAAUUUCAAUGAAAUCCUCGUAGCAAGCUAUAUUACAAGGGCGGAAACAUAACCCAUCUGUGGCAUUCAGAUGUGAGGCUUUGAGGGUGUGAUAGGCCAUCAGGGAAGAGCCCCCACGGUUGAGUCCUGGUUGCCUUUUAAGAGGGACAGAGAGCAGAGGAAACGCUGCGUGCUUCCUCCCACAUCCUCCUGCUGGACAGGCUGCAGACCACGCGGCCCUCACCAGAGCUGGACCACUGUUACCAUCACGCCCUGGAACCUGCAGAACUGUCAAUCACAUGCAUCUCCUGUAUCUAUCAGAACAAACUAUCUGCUACUUCCAACUCACAGGAGGAGAGGCUUAAUUGGGCUCAUAGGUCCAGGCCGAGUUGGCUGGCCCCAAGGCAGGGGUGUCGUGGAGGGAGAGU